CCCGCGCGGACUCUAGCGGAGGAAACGAACCUGCCCCUUUCUGCUCCGGCUUCCCAGAGGGGCCAGGUGGGGCUCCGCGAAAGCCUGGUCUGGCCCCACGGGCUUGACAGUUAAUGAUUUGUCGCCCGAGCCGGGCGGAGAAGCACCGGGACGCGAGCGAGCGCCGCCUCCUGUCUUCCGGGCCCGAGCACUUCUCGGGGUUCCGGGCGCGCGAGGCUGGUGGGGACCCCAUGGAGGCCGAGGCGCCGGCGAGGGCGGGGGUCGCCGAAGCCCGGGAGCCGGGCGCGGUGGGCGCUGCCGGCAGCCUGCUGCGCAGGGUCCGGAGCAAACUCUUCACCUGGGAUAUUUUGAAGACCAUAGUUCUGGGCCAGAUGCUGUCCUUGUGCAUCUGUGGGACGGCCAUCACCAGCCAGUAUUUGGCAGAGAAGUACAGAGUGAACACGCCCAUGCUUCAGAGUUUUAUCAACUACUGCUUGCUCUUCCUGGUCUACACAGUGAUGCUGGCCUUCCAGUCUGGCAGUAGUAACCUUCUGGAGAUUCUGAGAAGAAAAUGGUGGAAGUACACUCUCUUGGGGCUUGCUGACGUGGAGGCCAAUUACCUGAUUGUCCGAGCGUACCAGUACACGACUCUGACCAGUGUCCAGCUCUUGGAUUGCUUUGGGAUUCCUGUGUUGAUGGCUCUCUCCUGGUUUAUCCUCCGGGCAAGAUACAAAGUGAUCCACUUCAUUGCUGUGUUUGUCUGUCUGCUGGGUGUAGGGACCAUGGUUGGUGCAGACAUAUUAGCAGGGAGAGAAGAUAAUUCAGGGAGUGAUGUUCUGAUUGGCGACAUCUUGGUCCUUCUUGGGGCUUCCUUGUAUGCUGUGUCUAAUGUAUGUGAAGAAUACAUCGUGAAGAAGCUGAGCAGACAGGAAUUUUUAGGAAUGGUGGGCCUAUUUGGAACAAUUAUCAGUGGCAUACAGCUAUUGAUUGUGGAAUAUAAGGACAUUGCCAAGAUUCAAUGGGACUGGAAAAUUGCCCUGCUGUUUGUGGCAUUUGCCCUCUGUAUGUUUUGCCUGUACAGCUUCAUGCCGUUGGUGAUUAAAGUCACGAGUGCCACGUCAGUCAACCUAGGCAUCCUGACGGCUGACCUCUACAGCCUUUUUUUUGGACUUUUCCUGUUUGGGUACAAGUUUUCAGGGCUCUACAUCCUGUCAUUCACAGUCAUCAUGGUAGGCUUCAUCUUGUACUGUUCCACCCCAACGCGCACGGCAGAGCCAGCAGAAAGCAGCGUGCCCCCUGUCACCAGCAUCGGGAUCGACAACUUGGGACUGAAGCUGGAAGAGAGCGGCCUCCCAGAGACCCACUCUGCAGGCUUGUAGCUGGACAAGCCACAGACUCCGGGGCGACACCAGGAGAGAGCAGAGCCGCCACUGCCAAGGGCGUAUGUGAGGGGCCAUCGGCCUCAGAGCGAACACUCACACUGGACUGCAUCCGUGGUUAGAUCUUAGGAAGGGACACUGACCAAUGGUUCUGAGCUAGAAGUACUAAUAGAGAGCAGAGCCCAAGGGGAGUGUUUCUGUGUGUUUAGUACCAGUGCCUGUCAGUGUCAGAGAGACAUGUGCAAGGCCCUCUUGCUGGGGUUUCAGGGACACAUGUAGGAAGGGAAGUACCUGACCUCAGGCCUGUAUAGGUAGUUAGGAGUUGGGACAGUCUGCGAUGGUUGUGCAAUAAGAUUCCUCUGUUGGAUGCUUCAAGUUUUUGUUCUGCUGGGACAGUCACUAUCCAUGGGCCUUAUGGAAUUUAGACAGCCAGGACGCCUGGUCCCUGAUGGCAUGUGAUGGCAGCACCUGAGGACCCCAAAUAAAAUGUGCCUGCUUUGAAAGCAGCUAAUGAGUCCAGGGGUCUAGGGGUCCUCUCCCAGUUAUGGUCUCUGAUCUUUUAGAACAAAUCUGUGUGUCCCCUUGCUCCUCACUAGCCACAUUUGCUCCUGAGUCCUGAGUUCCAGAGCAAAUGGCUCUCAACGGCUGUUACACUGAGCAUCCCUCAUGAUCAGCCCCACACUCUGAGAGUUCUCCAAGUAAAUCCACUCAUGUUACCCUUUUAAAAGUGACUCCGGUACUUAGGAAUAUUCAUUCCCAUUGUCCUCAUCUGGCAGUUUAGAAAAUUCACCUGCCACCAGCUUUCAUAGCGAGAUAAGAGCUUGAGAACUUGGUUGCUGCCUCUGCUUGGAAAAAAAUGUGUUAUCAUUAAAAUGAAAAGCCAGUGCUAAUGGUUUCACAGGGAAGAGUGGGCUGCAGUCCCGAAAGCCUGAUUGUGAGGGGACAGUGUCUGCCUUCUUCCCACAGGUUUACAAUGCUCCACGGCCUCUGACAAUUCCUCAGUCCAGUGUCAACAUGCAGCCUCAGCAUAAUGUCAGCAGGGUGCCACCUUCAGAAAACUCUGUGUAAAGUUUUUUGUAUAAGUAUAAAAAAAAAGUUUGGGAUAAGUGUUCAUAUUAUUAAAAGACUUUAAGCUCAUGGGAGU